UCCUUUCUCCCUCCACCUACUCCCCACCUCCUUCCUCCUGGAGUUGCGUGUGCUACUUCCGCCCUUCAUUGCAAUCAUGGUCCGAAACUUGCUCAGGCUCUUGUUACUGGCUCCAGGAGGGGUUGUUUCAUGGAUACCGGCGUUGUCCGCUCAUCCGGCAGUCACCACCACCACGAUGCGCGCGGUUGGCUGUUCCUCGCCUCAGCAUGGUCCACGCUCUGCCCCCCUCGCCAGCAGCAGCAGCAGCAGCAGCAGGAGCGAGGUUCUGAGGGAGCUGGGGCGUUAUGCGGCAGGGGCUGGGGUCCUUUCCCUGGCCGGGGCGUGCGGAAGCCCCCUCCCAGCGCUCGCAGACAAUGCUUUGGCGGCUACGAAGAAAUCGUACUUCCGCUACGUGCCUCGCAUCUUGGACGCCAUGGCGUGGUACGAGGGAGACCUUCAGCAGGCCAUCGCUGAGGAAGACUGGCCAAAGGUGCUGGCGUACUUCGAGGUCGUAAACACCGCUAGGAGCGACUCGUCUCGGCCUGCCAUGUACCAAUCCUCCUCGAGCCGCAUGCAGAGGGAGCUCUUCAGCCCGCUCUCGGUGUGGGCGCAGUCGAUGAGCAUCAAGGGGACCGGGCAACUCCGGGCAUUGUUGUCCCAGGAGGAGAAGUUGGAGCAAGCUAUGGCCAGUCUUGAGAAAGCGGCCAGCGGGAAGGGACUGAAGGAAGGGGAGAGCCAAGGCCAGGCGGCAAUAGCUGCGUGGGAGGCGGGAAGAGACGCGCUUCAGGAGUAUGUGGAAGUCGCGAACAAGGGGAUGGUUCGCUCGUUGAGGAAGAUCGACACACCGUUUUCGACGUAAAUAGUACGGGUUGAGAACCCUCCUUCAUCUGCGGUCGGAGAAAGGGACGUUGCACGGACCCAGCCAGCAAAAGUAGCCAACCUGGCAACCAGAUGAAUCUUGCAGCCUACAGUCGAGUUGUAUGUCGGCCUGAUCUGGCCCUUGUCCUCUUGCUGAAGGUUGCUAGCCUUUUUUUGUUGUUGGCCGCAAAGCGCGCCGCAUCUUCGGGACUUUGGUGGGGGAGAAGCUGAGGCCAAGCCUUUCAAGAGGUUGUUGCUUGAACCUUUGGGGACCCUGUCUUGUCGAUGUUGGGUUGCCCGGAAGGGGAAACGAAGAUCAGGUACCCUCACUCAAAGGACGGUGCUUUUGUGGCCUAAUUUGGCGCGUGUGUCCGUCACGUCCUACUGCCAUAUGGUGUGCGUACCUUCUCGCGUGGACCUUUUGGCGAUUGCUUUCAUGGUAGGGCCCAAAUCCUGUCCCGGAAUAUUUCGUUUGUACCAGCAUAGUUCUCAUCGCGCAAGGAGGUAAGAAAACUUUGUUGCAGGUCUUCGUGGCCUACAUUCUAGAUAAAUUACAACAGCAAUUUCCCGCCUUGAAAUUUAGUGCUUUGAAGAAGCAGGCUCGAUAGCAAUAAAGCAGGACCCUGUGGCUUGGCCCACUUUUUGACCCUCCUCGAUGACUUUCUCGAGGCUGUAGUUGCUUCGCUUCCUCUGCGAGCUGGGCAUCAAGCAUGGUGCACCGCCCCAGGAUGUGUUGUGCAUUACUAGAAUCAAGACUCGUGUUCUUACCUACGGAGAUAUUUAUCUCCAUGUGGCGGCGCCCCCCGGAGCAAGUGCUUUUUCCGCUGCCAGGUGCUCCUUUGACGUGGUCGGUGUCAGUCGCCGGGAGGAGCUCAAAGGGAUGUGUGUAACAGGAACAGUGCUGUUUGUGCUCCUUCUUGCGGGUGGUCUUGAGCCAAUCGGGCCUCGUGGGCGGUGCAUGUCAGGUGUUCCGCCGGCUUCAGCCCGUCGCAUUUCUUGGUAGGGAAGGAUGACAUGUGGGCGUAUUAACGUACCACGUGAAAAGAGUGGAAGCUCGGUAUGACUUGUUCUUGUCUUCGGUGGCCGGGGAAGAAGUGUGUGAGCGGGACUGCUCGUACCGGGGGGCAAUAGAAGGACUCGUUUGCUCGGCUACACAGAGAGGGGGGCCGUUGGUCAUCGCCAUUCGACAGUCGAAAC